AUGAAUCCGUUCUUGAGACUCUAUCACACUUCUUCUUCAGCAUGUUUGAAUCCAUUAUGCACUUCAAAGAGUGUGUUGAAGCACGUCGCAUCAUACAAGCAAUCACCCAUGAUGAUGACAAAUGGAGCUAUGAUGACGAAUGACUCAUACUCGUCGAUUCAACAACAACAACAACAACUCAGAACAUUUCAUACCAGCCAAAGCCUUGAAGGUCGUCAUCGUAACAAUAGUGUUCCGUUAUCGAAUACCAAUCGUUCCCGAACAUCCAAGUCAUCCAAGAAAUCAUCCACAACAACAACAAAAACACCCUCCUCUUCCUCCUCAUCAUUAUCAAAUCAAGGAAUGAAUUCUUCUUCUACUGCUAACCAUACGAACCAUGAUACUUUUGCUAAAUCCAUAUAUACUUCACAAACAAGAAAACUCUCUCAAAGACAAAUUGAAAAAGAACAAAAAAUCGUUUCCAAUUCAUCCUUUCUCAAUUAUACUCCACCUCCUAUUGAUAAGAAAAUAACAUUUUCAAAAUCACAAUUACAAGAAUUUAAAUUAGAAUCAACAUUGGAACAAAAUUUAAAUUCAACUUUUGCAGGUAAAAAACAAACAGUGGGAAAUCUCUUUGGUAACAUUAAUGAUGGUAGAGGUGGAUUAUCCAAAUUAACUGGAUUUGUUCCAAGAGAUUCCAAUAUAUCAUCAUUUAUUAAAUCUGAUUCAUCUCAUCGAAGAUUGACAGAAAAGGAAAUUAAUGAAAUUACUUCAAGAGACCAUGAUGAUGAAUUUUUACAAGUAUUAUCUAGACACAAAUUGGAACCGAUGAAUGAACGAAAACCAUUAACUACAUCUCCAUACUCGAUUGGAGGAACGGAUGAAAUUUUGGAAAUGACAAGAUUGAUUGAUGAUAAACAUUUGAUUCAAAAUGAUGAACAGAAACUUGGGAAUGACCAUCCACAAGAUCAACAAGACCAUCAUCAACGACAAUAUUUUCAUCAAAAAGAUUAUCAACAACGACAAGAUCAUCCACAAGAUCAACAACAUCCACCUUCUGUCAUGAAAACUAGAAACUAUUCUCAUUUAGAAAGAACUACUCUAAAUCCCAAUGACUAUGACAAAAUGUUUGAUUUACAAGAAUCUAAAAAACAUUGUGUACAUCUCAACAAAUUAGCUUCAACCAUUUCUCUCUCAACAUCCUCUCAACAACAAGAUCAUCAACAACAAUUACAACAUAUUCAACAGUAUUUUGAUUCCAUUCCAUUUCCUAAUACAUUUCAUUAUAAUAUUUUAAUGAGUAUUUAUGCUCGUCAUGCUCACUAUGAUCGAGUAGAAGAAAUAUUUCUAAAUUUACCAUAUAAGAAUACAACUAGUUAUAAUAUCAUGUUAGAUGUCUAUUUAAAACAAGAAAGAUUUUCUGAAAUGCAACAUUUAUUUCAACAAAUUCCAAGACAUGAUGAUGAGAGUUGGAAUAUAUUAAUGGAAAUGUUUGAAAAGAAGAAGGAAAUUGAAAAAGUGAAACAAGUAUUUAAACUCAUUGAAGAACCUUCUAUUGAUAAUUAUAAUACAUUGAUGGCAAUAUUUUAUAGAGCAAAACGAUUGGAUACGGUGAAACAAAUUUAUGAAUUAUUAAAGAAUAUCAUGAAUCAAGAAGAAGAAUGGAACAAAUCCACGAAUAGGAAUCAAGAAGAAGAAUGGAACAAAUCCAUGAAUAGGAAUCAAGAAGAAUGGAACAAAUCCAUGAAUAGGAAUCAAGAAGAAGAAUGGAACAAAUCCACGAAUAGGAAUCCAAUCCUCGCGAGGAAUGAAUGUCAUCAUACCCAUGACGAUUCACUCUCUCCAAAUCUUUUAACUUUUGAAAUUCUCAUUAAUCUCUCAAUGGAUACAAAAGAGUAUGAACAAGUCCAUGAGUAUAUCCAACAAGCGACUCGAUUGAAUAUGAAUUGUGAACGUUUCUUCUCACCUUCCACACUCUCUAAAAUUGAAUUACUUCGAAAGAAUCAUUACAUUCCACCUAAAAAGUAUUAUACUAGUCGUAGUCAUUAUAUAACCACCAAUAGUAAUACUACCAAUCCUAAUUAUAAUAAUACCAAUUAUAAUAAUAUUAAUAAUAAUAACACCAUCGGUAAUACCCUCAAUAACAAUCUUGAACAUUCAAAUAAUCACAUGAAUUCAUUUCAAUACAUUGCUGAAAUGGAAAGACUCAUUGAAGAGAAUCAAUUAGAUCAAAUGGAACAAGUAUUAUAUCAUAUACCACGUGAUUUAUUAACAAGUGAACAUUUUUCAUGUGCAUUGAAAGGAUAUUCUCAAGCUGGAAAUUUUAACAAGACCAAACAAAUAUUUUAUGAUUUGAUACAAUUUGAAAGAGCUCAAAGUAGUAUUCUUCAUACACGUAAUAAUAGUAAUAAUGAUAAUACUAAUAAUAAUACUAAUAAUAAUAGUAACAAUGAACGUACCAAUGAGACUCAUACUCUUGUCAAAGAAUCUACUACAACAUCUAAUAAGAAUUAUUAUUUCUACUUGUCAUGUUUUGUAAGACAUGCUGAAUUGACGAACACUUCACCCAAUGUCAUUAGAAUGCAACAAGUAUUCAAUUCUAUUCCACAUCCUAAUCCAUCUCUCUAUUCCAUACUCAUGCUUGGAUAUUUAAAGAAGAAGAUGUAUGAAAAAGUAGAAGAGUUAUUUCAUGAAGCAAUGAACAAGUUUUCAUUGAAUGAUAUGAAUAGUACUAUUGGUAAUAGUGGUAGUAUUGGUAGUAUUGGUAGUAAUAGUAGUAUUGGUAGUAGUAGUAGUAUUGGUAAUAGUUUGAAUCAUUCAAUACCUUCUUCACCUCGAUCAUUACCACCACCAUUUCUUGAUAUGCACAUGUAUUCCAUCAUGAUUCGAUGUUAUGGAGAUCAACACAAAUUUGAUCAAUUAUUUAAUUUAUUUGAUAAUAUUAUUGUGAAACGAUAUGAACAUCCAUCAUGGAAGGAAGAAUCUCUUUAUAAUGGUACUUUUAAUAAUCAUAAUAGUGAUUAUAAUAAUAAUCAUAAUAGUAAUUAUAAUAGUAUGAUGACACUUUCAAGAUCCAAGGAUAGAUUCAUCAUUUCUACCGAUGAUAUGGAUAGGAUGAGUGAACCGGACAUUGUGAUGACGAGAGCACCACAACCAUCGUCACUGGAUCAUGAUUCGUGUUCUCAAUUAGGACUCGUUCCAAGAAAACUCAAUCUCGUCAUGAUGUUCACUUGUGCAUGGAAAGGACUUGUGGACAAGGUCGAAGAAUUAUUCAACAAGAUACCAAAAUAUUAUGCAAAUACUACUUUUGAAAAGAAUGUAUUGAAGAAUGGUGAAGCGAUUCAUACGACUCAAGAAUGGAAUGCACUUUUAUUGUCUCACUCGAUUGCAAGAAAUGUAUCACGAGUGGAAGAAGUAUUCAAACAAAUUCCACAACCUGAUCCAUUUACUUACAAAAUAUUGGAAACAAGUCUUGAAAAGAAGAACAAGUCUUAUCAGAAAGAAGAACCAAUUCUAGUAGAAGAUGAUGCAUCUUUGAGAGAUGAUACCCUCUCGAGACAAGGUCGAAACUCAUCCAAUCGAAGAAGAUCAUCCAGAAAGUCUUCGACACAUUUGGUGGAACGUGUUCAGUCCCUCAUGAAAAAAGACAAGGAUUCGAAUGGUACGAUCAUGCUUCAUGUGCCAUUCGACGGAUAA